GAUAGUACUAUGAAUGAGUGAGACUGGAUGGCUUCUAACAUUCUGUGAUUCCUAAUUUUCCAAAGCAACUUUACUUUUACUCAUCCAACAAAAUUCUUAGAGUACCUCUAUAUGCCAGUCAGUAUACUAGGCAUAGCUCUAAAAUUUCCUAAUGUAGCAUAAAUUUUAGUUACUGUUCCAGGUUUACAAUUUAUAAGAUUUGUCUACUUCCACUGGCCAUAGUAAUAUCAGAUUUUAAAAUGAAGUGACUUUUUCCCCCUUUGAACUAAUGUAAUGAGUUAGCUCUGAAAAUAUAGUUUGGAAUACUACAAUAUUUUAUUUAUAAGACAAUAAAGUUAAAAUAAAGGUAGAUUUAUUUCAACUAAAUAAAUUGAAUUUAUUUCAACUUUAAAAUAAAGUUUUAUUUAUUUAAAUAAAUAAAUAAAACUUCUACCUUUAUUUCAACUUCACAGUCUUAUUAAUCUGAGUCUAGAAAACUUAUGAGAGUUAGGGGAUGUCAAUUACCAACCAAAAACAUCACUUCAGUGAUGUUUGGCAGUUUGCAUAUUAUAAAGAAGUAGUAAAUGUAUAAGCUUACUUGGUGACAUCAGAUUUCCUUCUGGUACUUUUUGCAUGUAUUUCUUCAUUUAGAUGAAAGGAUCUGUAUGCAACUGGAUAACAACUGAAGAAACAUAAUUUCCCCCUUUAACCUAUUCAGGCCCUUUUGUGAUAGUGUCAUCCUCCUCUAUGCUUUUAAUUUUUGUUAUUUAACUUCAUCUUUAAUAGCACAGUAAACACUGAAGAAUUUUUCAAUUUUAGUCUUUUACUUUAGUUACCUUUGAUUUAAUUUACAACCAGCAUUUUGUUGCAUUCUAAGUAAUAUUUGGCUGAAUUUAUUCCUACAUAUUUGUGACCAUUCAGCAGGGGUCUAUAGGUAGUAUGAGAAUCAGGGAGGCUGCCUCUUUGGAAUUUCAACUGAUGUUUAUUAUUGCUAUUAACUAUUUGGGGAAAAAAGGUCAAAAUGAAGCCCUGUCAAAAUUUAUCUUUUGUCUUUCAAACGCUUGAACAUUUAUAAUGAUAAUUAAGGAAAAUCAAGUUAAAUUUCAGGUAUUGCCACUGCCAUUAAAAACAAAUUAGAUAGGAUUCUUGUUUUACCCAGGUUCGGAUUCACUUGAAUAUUCAGUACCUGAGGCAUCUGACCAGUAUCACUAUGCCAAACCAAAGAGCAGCUACAGUAUAUUAAAACAAACAUGUUUACAAAGUUCAGAUUCAUCUUUUACAUAAGAAUGAUUUUUUUACAAAUUUUUUUACAUAUUUAGUGUUUAUGAUCCAAUGUUUCAUAAGUGAGGUUAGCUAUAAAGUUAGUUUAAAAAUCAAAUAUGCAAUGUUUACUUGAAGUUAUUUCUUGUAGAAAGCAGAUUUCAACUAUAUGGGAGUGUGUAAAUUAAAGAUUGUCAGAUAUGAAAUUUUCAUUCAGUAAUCUUUAAAGCAAAUGUAUUUCAGGGUUUAUUGUUAGGAUCUGCAUAACUUGGGCAUUGAAUAGACAGUGAUUUACAAAUAUGUUCUGCUGAUAUUUUGUUCUAGGAUUAGCACUGCUAUCAAUGGAAAGUAUUUUGUAACUAAUCUGUUAUUAAGAAGUUAAUCAUAUUUUUGCAUUUCAGCCAAAAUAAAGACCAUAUGUAAUAAUCUGUUAGAUACAAGUAAUAUGUAAAUCUGAAAUCCAUGUGUUUAUAUGAUCUAAACUGUAUUUUCUAAUUUAAAUUAAAAAUACACUAUAGAUUUAGAAAGAUCCAUAUUUUUCUAAUGACUUCACUUUAUAUUAUUUUGUUGUAUUGCAUUAAAAAACAAGGAAUUGUAUUUGCAUUAAGAAUUAAGAAAGUUAAUGGGUCAAGUCUGUUAUAUUUGUACAUGGAUGCAGAUAAGUAUGCCCAUUUAAAAGAAAGGAUGGACACUAUUUUAAAGUAAUCUUUAAUGUGCUUUUAUGAAAACAAAUUUGAAAUACAGUUUACUUUGGUUGUCUGUGCUUAUCAACUACCAUAAGCCAUGUAUUUAUUUCUAAUAAUUAUUACCCUGGACCAUGACUUAAUGUUGAUUCUUUGCUUUGUCUUUUCAAUGGCUUAACCUACAUUAACAUGAAAUGGAACAUUUUAAGACUUUUUUUUCUCCAAAAAUCAUAAUGAGUUAUUUUAUUAAUUAUUUUAUUAAUAAAAAAUAAAGAUGAAGUCCUGUAUUUGAGCAGUUUGUUAUAAAGUAAUAUUUACUAAAUGAGAGAAUAAAUAAUAUUUUGAUCAACUUGAAAAUCAGGUAAAAUAGCAUUUAGUUACAGAAACAGAUUUGGCUAAUAAAUUGGAGUAUUAUUUGGGCACAACAAAACUAUUGUUUACCGGGCCAGAACUAUAAAUUACAUUACUCAAGAAGAGUUUAACUUACUUUUACUGAAGGUAAUUUUCAGUUUAGAAUUCACUUUAGGAUCUUUAGUACCUUUGAGUCACUGUACUGGUUGGUGAACUAUUAAGAUGUUGAAUAACAGAUUUUAUCUUUCUUACAUGGCAUCUGUAUUCCAAUUCCCUUCCAAAAGGGUAAAUUUUUAAUAAUAAGACUGCUGAGUAAAACAAGAAGGCUCUGAGGUAGAGCUGUGAUUUGCUGUGAUUGCCAGUUUUCAGAUCAAUAAAAUUUCAGAAUAUUUGCAGAGACCAAUUACAGGCAGAGCACCUCUCUCCCUCUCUCUCUCUCUCUCUCUCUCUCUCUCUCUCUCUCUCUCUCUCUCUCUCUCUCUGUCUGAUUCAGGACAUUGUGUCUGGAGUGGGACGGGAAGUACAUACCUAAUUGACAGAGUGGCAUUUUGGCACCAAAAGAGUAGAAUAAAUUAAAUUACAUUGGCCUUUUCUCAUUUCUCAUUGACUGGCUGUCCAUAACUUCUCUGGCAAAUUGAAGAGUACUGUUGGCUUCUUACGGGUUUUACUUACUCUUGUCCUCAAGAACCUAGAAGAAUGAGAACUAACAUUUAAUUUCUUCUGUGGCAGGUGUUUAUGGAUGUUUUAACCAUCCUGUGAAGUAAUCCUCACUGUCUUUGACCCCUCCAUAUCAAUGCCUUCCACCUCAUAGAGAGGAUUUAAGUGAUGUUUCUACUCCCUGUAUUCUUCCGCAUCUGUUCUUCAGCCAAGAACGUCUCCUCCCUGCCCAUUCUCCACUUAAGGAGACCUUCCUUUCUGAGUUCUUCAUCCUCCUGCUUCAAUCUGGGCCUCCUGAUUUUAGACUUGGAAGAUUACCCAAUGAGAAUUUUACAUGACCUGCAUUCAGAAGUCCAGACUCUAAAGGAUGAUGUUAAUAUUCUUCUUGAUAAAGCAAGUUUGGAAAGUCAAGAAAGCAUUGGUUUCAUAAAGGCAACCAAAGCACUAAUGAAAAAAAAUGCAAUGGAUAUCAUGAAAAUAAGAGAGUUUUUCCAGAAGUAUGGAUAUAAUCCACGUGCCAAGGAAAAUCCAGUGGAUGAGCAAGAAGUCAUUAACUCUAACCCAGAGUUGGCUAAAUGCAAAAAUCUUCAAACGCCUGAUAUGAAGGAUGAUCUGUCUGACUCUACUGUUCCAAGCAGUUCUGUUUCCGAUACGCCUCCACGUAGUCCACAACUUUCUGAUUUUGGACUUGAGCGUUACAUGAUAUCCCAGUUUCUACCAAACCAUUCACAGGUAGUGAAUAACUAUCAGGAAGAGCCAAAAAUUUUAACUCCACCUACCAAACAGUCACCAACUAAAGUACUAAAAACUCCAAAAUGUGCACUAAAGAUGGAUGAUUUUGAGUGCAUAACUCCUAAAUUAGAACACUUCGGUAUUUCUGAAUAUACUAUGUGUUUAAAUGAAGAUUAUACAAUGGGGCUUAAAAAUGUGAAGCAUAAUAAAAGCGAGGAAGCCAUAGAAAGAAAAGCAAUGACCAGUGAUCAUUUCUUACCCACUCCUGGCCCCAUAAUCCAGCAGUUGGGAAAAAAUGAUGCCAAGUAUACAAAUUCACCCUUGGCCCCUACAUUCUGCACUCCUGGUUUGAAAAUUCCUUCUACAAAGAACAAUACAGCUUUGGAAUCUACAAAUUAUCCAUUAUCAAAAACAAAUAGUUCAUCGAAUGAUUUGGAAAUGAAAGAUUGUACUUCAUUAGUUUUAAAUUCAGAGAAGUGCUUUGAAGAUCUUUUGGACCCCUUUUCUCCUAAAAUUUCUUCUUAUGAGAAUCUGCUCAAAACACCUACACCUCCAGAAGUAACUACAAUUCCAGAAGAUAUUAUCCAGAUUUUGUCAAAAUACAAUUCAAACCUAGCUACUCCAGUGGCAGUGAAAGCAGUGCCACCGAGCAAAGUCUUUCUUACUAAAUAUGAAGGACAGAACAUUCAAGAUGUUUCCAACAAAGAAAACUGGUAAAACUUUUCUGCAUGUUUCAUUCUCUCAAAUCAUCUUCUUUCACCACAUGGCUGCCAGCAUCUCCCAAGUUCACCACCACCUUGAUCAUCCAACAGACUGAGCCUCAUUCCCUCUGGUUCCAAAUUCAGAAAUCUCAGGGAGGGGUUCUGAUUGACUCAUCUUAGGCCCGAUGCCCUUUCUUGGACACUCAACUGUGGCCAGAGGAGGUCGAAUACUAUAUACCUUUAAUGCUACCUGAUAAUUUCAAAUUGCCCUUUUAGAUCAAGCCUAAAAUCUUUCUGAUUUAAGUAUAAUUGGAAAAGUAACUAAUUAUAAGUUCAGGAAAGUGCUGUUAGAGAAUGUUUCAAAUUACAACCAAUAGGAAAAUAAUGACCUGGCUUCAUGUGGAGACCAGUUAAAAUUGGAGAAGAAACAAUUGACAAGCAAGUAUCAUGACAAGGUGCUUCAAAGGCUCAAGACAGGCUUUGGGAAAUUUGGUGCAGUAAAGAUUACCCUCAUUUAUGACUGUUCCUUGAAAGACAAAUGUGAAGUGACAACCUGUCAUAUUUUUUAUGCUCAUAAUUUUGUCAGAAAAUAUUCACCAAAACAAAUUAACCACUUGAUUUAUUCUUUGUUCUAGGAGUGGGUAGUUAUAAUUUAAUUUUUAUUAAAUAUGAGGUUAAAGAAAUUAUUUAAGAUAUUUAAUUUUCAGGGUAAAGCUCUAGUUGAUCUUUGUAUGUUAACGAUUCCCAAAAUUUGAAUCAACUUUUCUUUCACUCUUUACCAUAAGAUACAUGUAUUUAAAUCCACAAAAUUGGAUGAGUUUGCUUAAGGAAGGAGUGUAUUCCUGGAGUUCUCCAAUCUAUAGAAGACAAAAAUAGGAAAAGAAGAUUUUGAGAAGAGGUCAGUGAAGCAGGAAAAUAUUUCAAGGAGAAUGGAUCAACUUUACUUUUUCAAAUGUUGCUGAGAAUUCAAGUAAAAAGAGGCCCGUGACGUGAUGUUAUUGACAACCUUGACAAGAUUAAUUUUGGUAGAGUACUGAGGACAGAAGUAUGGAGAACACUGAAAACAGACAUAAAAACAGUGGAUUCAGAUAGCUCCUUCAGUGAGUUUUGCUAAAGAGAAAAGAAAUGGUGCAGCAGCUAAAGGGGAACAUGGAAUCAGAAUUUUUUUUUUAAGGUAAAUAAAGAAUAUUGUAUUAAGCAUUUCUCAUUGUCUGCUAGGUAUCUCCACUUGUUUUGUGAUGGCCCCUCAAAUUCACUUUAUCCAAAGUUUCUUACCUUGUCCCUUAACACUUUCCUCCCAUGAUCCUACUUUCCAUUACUAGAACUAUGAUAUUUCCAGUUUAUCAAGCUUCAAACCUUGGGAUCUUCCAAGCACAUCUGUCCCUUCCUUAAAACCCUCCAGGGUCU